AUGGAGGACGCUUUACUUCUACGCCUACAAUUGCUACUAAAACGCCUAAAUGACUCAAUUACUCUUACAACAGAGUUAUGCGUACAGUCAAAAAGCGAGGGUGUUACCGAGCAGGAAAUCUCCAUUGCAUUGAAUUCGUUACGGGCUCAUACAGCCAAUGUUGCGAAGGAAAUUCAUAUUUACAUUGAAAAAAGUACUGAGAUUAACCAAGAUAUUGUGAGACGAUGCACAGUGUUGCAGUUAGAAGCGGAGGAUAAGAUAAUUGCACUUAAUUCAAUUCUAAAUCAUAUCGAUUCUCAGAAACCAGAAACAACCCAACAGACUAAACUUCCUAAGCUCAGUCUUCUUAAAUUCAAUGGAAACAUUUUAGGCUGGCAUGAUUUCUGGGAUCAAUUUGAGGCUGGUAUACAUAACAAGUCAUUACCUGAUGUUGAUAAACUGUCAUACUUGUUAGCAUCACUCGAAGGUACAGCAAGAGAAGCUGUAGAAGACUCCCAUUAUGAAGAACUCCAGAAAGUUACAAUGGCUGGUUCAUCAGCUACUGAAUGUAGAAAGGUUUUGAAUAACAUUGACAAGAAUUUACGGAUCCUGGAAUCUCUCGGAGAAGAUAUUAAUAACAACCAACUUAGAGUUACAAUAUUGAGCAAGUUCCCACAGAAAAUAAUCUAUGAAUUAAAUAUGGCAUUAAAAGGAGCUGAUUCGACGGCAGUGGUGACUAUAAAGAGUCAGAAUGAGGAAAGAAAAUGUAGGCUACUAUUAGAUAGUGGCAGCCAACGAAGUUACAUCACACAGCAAUUAGCAGAUGAACUAAAGUUAGUUAUUGAUAAAGUAGACCAACUAAUAAUAUUUACCUUUGGGUCAGAAUCACCUACACAAACUGAAAGUCCUUCUGUUAAAAUUGAAUUAAAGACUGGGCGAGAAACUACAAGAAAGAUACGAGCAAAUGUAGUACCUCACAUCACAAACAGAAUAUCAGUGCCAAAAGUAGAUAAGAAAAUAUGUGUUGAUUUAUUAGCUGAUGAUGGCUCUGCGGGAGAGAAAAUAGAUAUCUUAAUUGGAAAUGAUUAUUACUUUUCAUUCUUUAAAUCAGAAAGUAAGAAAUUGUGUGACAAUUUGUUUUUAAUCAAUACUGAAUUUGGUUGGAUAUUAAGUGGCAAACUUGAUUCAGAUGAUCAAAAUAUAUUAUCAAUAAUUACUUAUUGUCAAUGCCAUGGCCCAGAAUGUAUGUACUACACAGAGCCUGACCUUCCUCUCAGAAAUAUAGAUUUGACAUUUUUGUGGUCACUAGAAAGCAUAGGGAUCUUAGAUUCUCCUAAGGCUACAAGAGAAGAUGAAGCAGUAAAACACUUCAACAACAAUGUCAAGUAUGUAAAUCAAAGAUACAUGAUUAAGUGGCCUUGGAUUCAGUACCCACCAGAAAUACCUACUAAUUUUGGACUAGCAUAUGGAAGGUUGAAGGGGCUGCUACAACGAAUUGAUAAAAAUACUUUGGAAGAAUAUGAACAAAUUCUCAAAGCACAACUGCAAAGUGGCACUAUAGAAUUAGUCGAACCUGAGGAUGAUGCUACAAGACAAAGAAUUCCACCUUUGCACUAUCUACCCCAUCAUAUAGUCAAGCAAGAAGGGAAAAAAGGAAGGUUGGUGUAUGAUGCUUCAGGGAAACUAAAAAAUCAUAAAAGUUUGAACGAGUGCAUGUAUAGAGGACCUUCUUUGAUUGGAGACUUACUCGCAAUUCUGCUACAAUUUCGUACUUAUAAAAUUGCUAUUACAGCUGAUGUAGAAAAGGCCUUUCUUCAGAUAGGUCUCCAAAUAGAAGACAGAGAUGUCACAAGAUUUCUAUGGCUUAAACAUGUAAAUCAACCAAUCUCUAAAGAAAAUUUACUACACCUGCGAUUUUGUAGAGUGCCUUUUGGGAUUAUUUCAAGUCCAUUCAUACUAACUGCUACAAUAAACUACCAUAUUUCACAAAACUACCCAGACUUAUUGUCAAAGAUUGCCGAUAAAUGCUACGUAGAUAACCUUGUGACAGGAUCAAAAACAGUAGAAGAAGCGCAAAAGUUCUACAAGGACACAAGGAGAGUUUUCCAAGAUUUGUCAAUGAAUAUCCGUGAAUGGAACUCUAACAGUCCUGAUUUCCUUAAGACAAUUCCACAAGAGUACAGAGCAAAGACUUCUGCAGAAACCAAGAUGUUGGGUUUAGUGUGGGACACUAAAAAAGACACUUUGCGUCUAAAAAUAAGAGAGAAUUUACUGGAUGAACAAAAUACUAAACAAAUUCAAUGUAAAAGAGAAGUACUUAGCACUAUAGCUUCAGUAUAUGAUCCUUGUGGAUUUUGUUCACCCUUAAUAUUACCUGCUAAAUUGUUACUCCAACAGCUGUGGGAAAAUAAACUCAAAUGGGACACACUACUACCUGAGGAGUUAAAACAGAAAUGGGAUGAAGUGGCUGACAGUUUAAGGAUGGUUCGAAAUGUAGCUAUACCACGAUUUGCGUGUAUUGCACCAGAAGAAAAAACAGUCACAUAUGAAUUACACUGUUUUACAGAUGCAUCAAAAGAUGCCUAUGCUGCAGUUCUCUACUUACGUUCAAGUAAUGGAGUGGAUACCAAGGUAGCCUUCUUAAUAUCCAAGUCUAAAAUUACACCAAAACAAGACAAAGAUAGCUUGAAAAUUCCAAAAUUGGAAUUACUCGGAUACUAUAUUGGAAGUAAACUAAUUUUGUAUGUCAAAAAUGUGAUUGGACUAACAAUUGAACAUCAAUACUUGUGGACAGACAGUAUGAUCGUUUUGGGUUGGAUGAAAUCAAAUAAAUUAUUACCACCAUUUGUUUCAAGAAGAAUCAAUACAAUCAGGCAAAACAAAGAAAUCCAGCCUUGCUACAUCAACACAGACAGUAAUCCUGCUGAUGUAGCAACACGACCUGACCUUUGGACAGAGAAAAAUCACUUGUGGUUCCAAGGUCCAUCAUUUCUACUUAAGGACAAAAGUGAAUGGCCACAAAGUAUGUAUCUUGGAAGUGAGGAAUCGUCUUGUGUGUUGGGGGAGAGUCUGGACGGACUAUGUCCAGAUAUAACAAUGAUGACUAAUGACGAAGAGGAUAUAAAUGAACUCACUGGGUGUAGCUCACCAAAACAAGGUUGUUACCAGCUGGAGAAUACUCGGGAGGUGAAAAAUGUGAAGGCACUGCAAAGAAAAUAUUUUCCUAAUGAAGUUGAAGGUAAAGUAACGCAUCUCACCAGAAAUUUAGGUUUGUAUCUUGAUGUGGACGGUGUGUUGAGAUGCCGUGGACGGAUGGCUAACACCAACUGGUCUUACGAUACCAAACAUCCUGCUCUCAUCCCUAGAGAUAGUGAGUACACAAGCAAAUUGAUACAAGAAAUCCAUGAGAAAAACUAUCAUGUGGGCGUGUCGCAUACGUUAAGCUUGAUAAGAGAGAAGUUUUGGAUACCUCAAGGAAGAGCGCAAGUACAAAAGAUAUUAAGACACUGUGAGAAUUGCAUGAAGCAUGGAGGGGGUCCCUAUAAGCUACCGCCAACCUCAGAUUUGCCAGCAGAACGAGUUAAUUUAAGUGCCCCUUUUACCUACACCGGUAUGGAUUAUUUUGGUCCACUUUACAUCAUUGGAGAAAUAGGCAAGGAAAAGAGAUGGGUAUGUUUACUUACCUGCUUAGCUGUGAGAGCCAUCCAUAUGGAAAUAGUGAAAGAUUUAACUGCCGACGAGUGUCUACUAGGUUUAAGACGCUUUGUUGCGAAUCGGGGAAAACCUGUGGUAAUCAUGACAGACAAUGCAACCCUUUUUAAACUGACCGCAGAAGUUGUCUCAGAUACAAUUAAGUGGAAGGUAGGAAAAAUAAUUUCAUUGACUCGUGGAGCUGAUGGGGAGUGUCGAAUAGCAAAAGUAAAAGUAGGCAAUUCAGAGUACACUCGCUCGGUAGGUCACUUAUACCCACUUGAAGUAAAUAGUAAGAGGAAUGAAAGUGAAGGUCUUUCUGAGCAAGUUCCUGAAGUAGAGAUU